GCAACAACGACUGAGAGCAGCUCUCAGCCGGGAAAAUCCGACGAUCCCUAAAACCCUUUUCCUCCUCUUUGGUUUUUGUUCGAGAAAUCGUUUUCCUGCUAUGGAUUCCGAUGCGAGGAGGAAGAUUAACUCCACUCAGGGUUCGUCCCCUUCUCCGAAGCCAUCCAAGUUCUCUGUCUACCGGAACCCUGCUCUCGCCGCCGCUUCCACCGCCAACAGCCUCCGUCCCUCGAAAUCCGUUCUCCUAUUCAUAUUCUUGCUCUCUACCGCUUCCGCUUUCUCUCUCAUCUCCUUCAUGGCCGGGGAGAAAUGGUUGACCAAUGCUUUAACAUUCGGGAAAAUAUCCCAAGAGGCAGCUUAUGUCACCGUAAAGGCGUGGCAGGGGCUGGUGACUUUGUUUUGUAUUGGAGCAAUGAUGGCUUUGUCCAAAGGCAUAUCUCUGCACAGAGCAAAGUUUGCUGCUCGAGGAGAAACUAAAUCUUCCUCUAAAGAAGCCAAAGAUCAGUUUUCUCUAUCAAAUCGUCAGCUUGAACUUCUUGGGAUAAAGAAAAAAGCUGACCAGAGUGUAUCAGAUUUUCCAAAGAAUCGUCCUGCAUUGAAACCUUUACAGUCGUUGGAGCCGCUUGUUCCAAUUCAUCAUCAAACUCUUACUGGUUCAGCUCAUAAGUCUUCUGGUGGUGGUGAUAAGCUGAAUUCCCGUCCAGGGAGCCAGAUUGGUCCAUUUAGCACUCCCUCAAAACAAAUGGGUUCACCGUCUAUGUAUCUUGUCCCUUCUAGCUCACCAGUUUCUUCUAACCAUGCUUCGUCGGGUCAGGAUAAGGCUGUUUCUAGUCCUUGGUCUGGUAGACGAAGUUCUGCAAAAGACAUAGCUACCGAGGAGCAGCUUGAGCAGCUUUUGGCAGACAUAGAUGAGAAAAUCACUGAGUCGGCUGGGAAGAUGCGUACGCCUCCACCAACAGUUGGGAGUUUUGCCAUGGCUAGCCCGAGUACAGUUGGUGGUUCAACUGGUGCAUCUGGGACUACUCGGAGUACACCACUAAGACCGGUCAGAAUGUCUCCUGGUGCUCAGAAAUUUACGACUCCCCCAAAGAAAGGAGAGGGUGAUUUCCCCAACCCAAUGUCCUUAGAAGGGGCUAUCGAAGGUUUUAUUCAUCUAGGUGUCUAUCCUCAGAUAGAAGACUGGCGUGACCGACUAAGGCAAUGGUGUUCCUCAGUGUUGCUCAAACCUCUGCUUAACAAGGUUGAAACCAGUCAUAUUCAGGUAAUGCAAACAGCAUCAAAGCUAGGUGUUAAUGUCACAGUUAGUCAAGUUGGAAGUGAUUUGUCAACAAAUGGAACCGCUACAACUGCCUUACCGGUAGAUCGAACGAAGGGGUGGCAGCCCUCUUACUCUCUCGAUGAAGAUGCUCUUCUUCAUCAAUUACGCGCUAAUCUUGUACAGGCUAUUGAUGCUUCCAUGCAAAAGCUGCGUACAGAGAACCAACAGUUUCAGCAACAGCAACAACAACAGCAACAGCAAGCGGCACUAAUCCCUGUCAUGCAGGAAUGUGUUGAUGCUAUAAGUGAACAUCGGAGGCUUCAGGGCUUAAUGAAAGGAGAGUGGGUUAAGGGCCUACUUCCUCGCAGCAGUAUUCCAGCAGACUACACAGUGCAAAGAAUCCGAGCACUCGCGGAAGGAACUUGUGUGAAGAACUACGAAUACAAUGGAAGGGCAGAUACUCGUGAGAGAAACAAGAAAUGGAGCCUGGAGCCUCCAACCGAUUCUCAUCUGCUUCUGUACUUGUUUUGUGCCUUCUUGGAACACCCAAAGUGGAUGUUGCAUUUGGACCCUAGCUCUUAUACAGGAACUCAGGCAAGCAAGAACCCUUUAUUCUUAGGGGUUCUGCCUCCAAAAGAGAGAUUCCCAGAGAAGUACAUUGCUGUGGUAUCGGGUGUACCUUCGACGCUACAUCCUGGUGCAUGUGUGCUUGCGGUAGACAAGCAAAGCCCACCCACAUUUGCCUUGUACUGGGAUAAGAAAUUGCAGUUUACUCUUCAGGGAAGAACAGCACUAUGGGACUCUAUGUUGUUGAUAUGCCACAGAAUCAAGGUGGGAUACGGAGGUGUUGUUCGCGGGAUGAAUCUGGGUUCUUCAGCCCUUAACAUCCUCCAAGUUGUUGAUUCCGAUACUGACGAUUAAGGAAGCUGGAUUUGCUUGAGAUAGUGGAGAUGCAUUGUUAGGAAAUGUCAUCUUCAUUUUGCCAUUUUUAGACGGUAGUAGUGAGAUUAGUUCCCUUUGGGUAGCUACUUAUUCUUGUG